GUGCUCCUGCGGGAGGAAGUGGCCCGGCUCCAGGAGGAAGUGCACCUUCUCCGACAGAUGAAGGAGAUGCUGGCCAAGGACCUGGAGGAGUCUCAGGGCGGGAAGUGCUCCGAGGUCCUUUCAGCCACCGAGCUCCGGGUCCAGCUGGUGCAGAAGGAACAGGAGCUGGCCAGAGCCAAAGAGGCCUUACAGGCCAUGAAAGCCGACCGGAAGCGCCUGAAGGGCGAAAAGACGGACCUGGUGAGCCAGAUGCAGCAGCUGUACGCCACGCUGGAGAGCCGCGAGGAGCAGCUUCGGGACUUCAUCCGCAACUACGAGCAGCACCGCAAGGAGAGCGAGGACGCAGUCAAAGUCCUGGCCAAGGAGAAGGACCUGCUGGAGCGGGAGAAGUGGGAGCUGCGACGCCAGGCCAAGGACGCCACAGACCAUGCAGCGGCACUGCGGUCCCAGCUGGACCUCAAAGACAACCGCAUGAAGGAGCUGGAGGCUGAGCUGGCCAUGGCCAAGCAGUCCUUAGCCACACUGACCAAGGAUGUCCCCAAACGUCAUUCACUCGCCAUGCCAGGCGAGACGGUGCUCAACGGCAACCAGGAGUGGGUGGUGCAGGCGGACCUCCCACUGACCGCCGCCAUCCGGCAGAGCCAGCAGACCCUCUACCACUCACACCCUCCCCAUCCUGCAGACCGGCAAGCUGUCAGGGUGAGCCCCUGCCACUCCCGGCAGCCUUCCGUCAUCUCCGACGCGUCUGCUGCUGAAGGCGACCGGUCAUCCACACCAAGUGAUAUCAACUCGCCACGGCACCGGACGCACUCCCUCUGCAACGGCGACAGUCCCGGCCCGGUUCAGAAGAACCUGCACAACCCUAUUGUACAGUCACUAGAGGAUCUUGAAGACCAAAAACGGAAAAAGAAGAAAGAGAAGAUGGGAUUCGGGUCCAUCUCCCGCGUCUUCGCCAGAGGGAAGCAGCGGAAGUCCCUGGACCCGGGGCUCUUUGAUGGUACCGCCCCCGAUUAUUACAUAGAGGAGGACGCGGACUGGUGAUACCCGCCGCCCUUCGCCUGCUGCCCGCGGGCAUGUCUGUGCGUGUGGACGAGCGAGUGUGCAAGCAUGCGUGGGAGUGCGGGCCCGAGUGGGGUGUGUGCCUGCGUGUGUGUGUGCACGUGUGCCCUCGCACGCGUGGGGGUGCGUGUGGCCGAGCGCCUCAACCAGGCGGAAACACAAGUGUGACCCCUCCCUCCGCGUCGCCAUCUCUGUAAUUGAUGUACAUAAUGCAAGCCGUGUGUGACUAUGUCAACUGUUGUCUCCGAGCGACACUGUUGUGUU